AUGAUGAAUGUCCAAAUCCCUUUCUUUGGUGCUAAGAAUAUUGGCCGAAGAAGUCCUGAUGAACCAGUGCUGAGCAAAGCUGAGUUUGUUGAGAAAGUUCGCCAGAGUAACCAGGCUUGUCAUGAUGGAGAUUUCCACACAGCAAUUGUUCUGUAUAACGAAGCCCUGACUGUCGAUCCUCAGAACUGUAUCUUGUACAGCAAUAGGUCUGCGGCAUAUUUGAAAAUCCAGCAGUACGACAAGGCACUGGAUGAUGCCAUCAAAGCCCGGCUUCUCAACCCUAAAUGGCCAAAGGCGUACUUCCGGCAGGGUGUUGCCCUCCAGUACCUCGGACGUCAUGCCGAUGCCCUGGCAGCUUUUGCAUCUGGCCUGGCUCAGGACCCCAAGAGUCUCCAGCUUCUGGUGGGGAUGGUAGAAGCUGCCAUGAAAUCUCCUAUGCGAGAUUCCUUGGAGCCCACUUACCAACAGCUUCAGAAGAUGAAACUGGACAAGAGUCCCUUUGUGGUCGUGUCUGUAGUCGGGCAGGAACUCUUGACGGCUGGUCAUCAUGGGGCCUCCGUGGUCGUCUUAGAAGCCGCUCUGAAGAUUGGCACCUGCAGCCUCAAGCUGAGAGGCUCCGUCUUCUCCGCCCUGAGCAGUGCUUACUGGUCCCUCGGCAACACAGAGAAGAGCACUGGGUACAUGCAGCAGGACUUGGAUGUAGCCAAGACCUUAGGUGACCAGACAGGGGAAUGCCGAGCUCACGGGAAUCUGGGCUCCGCAUUCUUCUCCAAAGGAAAUUACCGGGAGGCUCUUACUAACCACAGACAUCAGUUGGUGCUCGCCAUGAAACUCAAGGAUCGAGAGGCAGCUUCGUCGGCCCUGAGCAGUCUGGGCCAUGUGUACACGGCCAUCGGAGACUACCCCAACGCGCUGGCCAGCCACAAGCAGUGUGUUCUCCUCGCCAAGCAAUCCAAAGACGAGCUCUCUGAAGCUCGCGAGCUUGGCAACAUGGGUGCCGUGUACAUCGCCAUGGGCGACUUUGAGAAUGCUGUGCAGUGCCACGAACAGCACCUGAAGAUCGCCAAGGAGCUGGGCAACAAGCGAGAGGAGGCCCGGGCCUACAGCAACCUGGGCAGUGCCUAUCACUACCGAAGGAACUUUGACAAGGCCAUGUCUUACCACAACUACGUGCUGGAGCUGGCCCAGGAACUGAUGGAGAAAGCCAUUGAGAUGCGGGCCUACGCCGGCCUGGGCCACGCCGCCAGGUGCAUGCAGGACUUGGAGAGAGCCAAACAGUACCAUGAGCAGCAGCUGGGCAUUGCCGAGAACCUCAAGGACCGGGCUGCAGAGGGCCGCGCAUCCUCCAACCUGGGAAUAAUACACCAGAUGAAAGGGGACUAUGACACGGCACUGAAACUCCACAAGACCCACCUGUGCAUCGCACAGGAGCUGAGUGACUACGCAGCUCAGGGCCGGGCCUACGGGAACAUGGGCAAUGCCUACAAUGCGCUGGGCAUGUACGACCAGGCUGUCAAGUACCACCGACAGGAGCUGCAGAUCUCCAUGGAGGUGAACGACCGCGCCUCGCAGGCCUCCACGCACGGCAACCUGGCCGUGGCCUACCAGGCCCUGGGCGCCCACGACCGGGCCCUGCAGCAUUACCAGAACCACCUGAACAUCGCCCGGGAGCUGCGGGACAUCCAGAGCGAGGCCCGGGCCCUCAGCAACCUGGGCAACUUCCACUGCUCACGGGGAGAGUACCUCCAGGCCGCCCCCUACUACGAGCAGUACCUCCGGCUGGCUCCUGACCUGCAGGACAUGGAAGGCGAGGGGAAGGUCUGUCACAAUCUCGGCUAUGCCCACUACUGCCUCGGGAACUACCAGGAGGCCGUGAAGUACUACGAGCAGGACCUGGCCCUGGCCAAAGACCUCCAUGACAAGCUGAGCCAAGCAAAAGCCUACUGCAACCUGGGCCUGGCCUUCAAGGCACUCCUGAAUUUCAGCAAAGCCGAGGAGUGCCAGAAAUACCUCCUGUCCCUGGCCCAGUCCCUGAAUAACUCCCAGGCGAAAUUCCGAGCCCUUGGUAACCUGGGCGACAUCUUCAUCUGCAAGAAAGAUGUCAACGGUGCAAUAAAAUUCUACGAGCAGCAGCUGGGCCUGGCCCACCACGUGAAGGACCGGAGACUAGAGGCCAGCGCGUACGCAGCCCUGGGCACGGCGUACCGUAUGGUGCAGAAGUAUGACAAGGCCCUGGGCUAUCACACCCAGGAACUAGAGGUCUACCAGGAGCUGAGCGAGCUGCCAGGCGAGUGCCGGGCCCAUGGACACCUGGCCGCUGUCUACAUGGCCCUGGGCAAGUACACUAUGGCCUUCAAGUGUUACGAAGAACAGCUUGAUCUGGGGCAGAAACUGAAGGACCCAAGCCUCGAGGCGCAGGUGUAUGGCAACAUGGGCAUCACCAAGAUGAACAUGAAUGUGAUGGAGGAGGCCAUCGGCUACUUUGAGCAGCAGCUGGCCAUGCUGCAGCAGCUCAGUGGUAACGAGUCGGUGUUAGACAGGGGCCGGGCCUACGGCAACCUGGGGGAUUGUUACGAGGCCCUGGGCGAUUACGAGGAAGCCAUCAAGUACUACGAGCAGUAUUUAUCUGUGGCCCAGAGUCUGAAUCGCAUGCAAGACCAAGCCAAGGCUUACCGGGGUCUGGGAAAUGGACACAGGGCAAUGGGGAGCCUGCAGCAAGCCCUCGUGUGCUUCGAAAAGAGGCUCGUAGUCGCCCACGAGCUGGGAGAGGCCUUCAACAAGGCACAGGCCUACGGCGAGCUGGGCAGUCUACACAGCCAGCUCGGGAACUAUGAGCAAGCCAUCUCCUGCCUGGAGCGCCAGCUCAACAUCGCCAGGGAGAUGAAAGACCGGGCCCUGGAGAGCGAUGCUGCCUGCGGCUUGGGGGGCGUCUACCAGCAGAUGGGGGAGUACGACACAGCCCUCCAGUACCACCAGCUUGACCUGCAGAUUGCAGAGGAAACUAACAACCCCACGUGUCAGGGCCGAGCCUACGGGAACCUGGGCCUCACCUACGAGUCCCUGGGCACCUUCGAGAGGGCGGUGGUCUACCAGGAGCAACACCUGAGCAUCGCUGCCCAGGUGAACGACUUGGUGGCUAAGACAGUGUCGUACAGCAGCCUCGGGAGGACCCACCAUGCCUUGCAGAACUACUCGCAGGCGGUCAUGUACCUGCAGGAAGGUCUAAGGCUAGCUGAGCAACUGGGCCGAAGAGAAGAUGAGGCCAAAAUCCGCCACGGACUGGGCCUUUCCCUCUGGGCGAGUGGGAAUCUGGAGGAGGCUCAGCACCAGCUCUACCGGGCGUCGGCCUUGUUUGAGACCAUCCGGCACGAGGCGCAGCUGAGCACCGACUACAAACUCUCGCUCUUCGACCUGCAGACCUCGUCCUACCAGGCCCUGCAGCGGGUGCUGGUCAGCCUCGGGCACCAUGAUGAAGCACUGGCCGUGGCAGAGAGAGGACGGACCAGGGCGUUCGCUGACCUCCUGGUGGAGCGCCAAACAGGACAGCAGGACUCCGACCCCUACUCCCCGGUCACCACGGAUCAGAUCUUGGAGAUGGUCAACAGCCAGAGGAGCCUGGUGCUCUACUACUCCCUGGCCGCGGGCUACCUGUACAGCUGGCUGCUGGCCCCCGGGGCAGGAAUUCUCAAGUUUCAUGAGCACUACCUGGGUGACAGCACAGGGGACAACCCCAGCGACUUCCAGAUUGGCAGUAACGCGACCCUCCCGACGACCACCAGCUCAGCCCUCGAGCAGCACAUCACCAGCGUCCGGGAGGUCCUGGGCGUGGAGUCUUACUAUGCCAGGGCCUGUGCCAGCAGCGAAACCGAGAGCGAGGCCGGCGACAUCAUGGAUCAGCAGUUCGAAGAGAUGAACAACAAGCUCAACUCAGUCACGGACCCGACGGGCUUCCUGCGGAUGGUCAGCCGCAACAACCUCUUCAACAGGAGCUGCCAGAGCAUGACCAGCUUGUUCAGCAACACCGUGUCGCCCAUCAAGGACGGGACCUCCUCUCUGCCCCGCAGGCAGGGCUCGCUGGCCAAGCCCCCACUGCGCGCGCUCUACGACCUGCUCAUCGCGCCCAUGGAAGGGGGCCUAAUGCACUCGAGCGGCCCCGUGGGGCGACACCGGCAGCUGGUCCUGGUCCUGGAGGGCGAGCUCUACCUCAUCCCCUUCGCCUUGCUCAAGGGCAGCGCCUCCAACGAGUUCCUGUACGAACGCUUCACCCUCAUCGCUGUGCCUUCUGUGCGUGCCCUCAGCCCGCAGGCCAAGUGUCACCUGAGGAAGAGCCCGCCCACAUAUGCCGGCUCCACGUCCAUGGCAGCCGUCAUCGGCAACCCCAAGCUGCCCGCAGCCGUGAUGGACCGGUGGCUGUGGGGGCCCAUGCCGUCGGCCGAGGAGGAGGCCUACAUGGUGUCGGAGCUGCUGGGCUGCCAGCCGCUGGUGGGCAGCGUGGCCACCAAGGAGAGGGUGAUGAGCGCACUGACACAGGCAGAGUGCGUGCACUUCGCCACCCACAUCUCCUGGAAGCUGUCCGCCCUGGUCCUCACGCCCAACGCUGACGGCAACCCGGCCAGCAGCAAGAGCUCCUUCGGCCACCCCUACACGAUCCCCGAGUCCCUGCGGGUGCAGGAUGACACCAGCGACGCCGAGAGCAUCUCCGACUGCCCGCCGCUGCAGGAGUUGCUGCUCACGGCCGCCGACGUGCUGGACCUGCGGCUGCCCGUCAAGCUGGUGGUCCUGGGCGCUUCACAGGAGUCCAACGGCAAGGUCACGGCCGAUGGCGUCAUCGCGCUGACACGCGCCUUCCUGGCCGCCGGCGCACAGUGUGUCCUGGUGUCCCUGUGGCCUGUGCCGGUGGCAGCUUCCAAGAUGUUCAUCCACGCCUUCUACUCGUCCCUGCUGAACGGGCUGAAGGCCAGCGCCGCCCUCGGCGAGGCCAUGAAGGCCGUGCAAGGCAGCAAGCCCUUCUCCCACCCAUCCAACUGGGCAGGUUUCAUGCUCAUUGGGAGCGACGUGAAGCUCAACAGCCCCUCGUCCCUCAUCGGCCAGGCCCUCACGGAGAUCCUGCAGCACCCAGAGCGCGCACGGGAUGCCCUCAGGGUUCUCCUGCACCUGGUGGAGAAGUCCCUGCAGCGCAUCCAGAACGGGCAGCGCAACGCUAUGUACACCUCCCAGCAGAGCGUGGAGAACAAAGUGGGGGGCAUCCCCGGCUGGCAGGCCCUCCUCACCGCCGUGGGCUUCCGGCUGGACCCCCCUGCUAGCGGCCUGCCUGCGGCCGUCUUCUUCCCGACCUCGGACCCGGGUGACCGGCUCCAGCAAUGCAGCACCACCAUCCAGUCCCUGCUGGGUUUGCCCAACCCGGCCCUUCAGGCGCUCUGCAAACUCAUCACGGCCUCCGAGACUGGGGAGCAGCUCGUCAGUCGGGCUGUUAAAAAUAUGGUUGGAAUGCUCCACCAGGUGCUGGUCCAGCUCCAGGCUGGUGACAAGGAGCAGGACUUCGCGUCGGCGCCCAUCCAGGUCUCCAUCAGUGUCCAGCUGUGGCGCCUCCCGGGAUGCCACGAGUUCCUGGCAGCUCUAGGUUUUGACCUUUGUGAAGUGGGACAAGAGGAAGUGAUCCUGAAAACAGGCAAGCAGGCCAACCGGCGGACCAUGCACUUUGCACUCCAGUCCCUCCUGUCCCUCUUUGAUUCCACGGAGCUGCCCAAGCGCCUCAGCCUGGACAGCUCGUCCUCCCUGGAGUCACUGGCGUCCGCGCAGUCAGUCUCCAACGCCCUGCCCCUGGGCUACCAGCACCCACCCUUCUCGCCCACGGGCGCGGACAGCCUGGCCUCGGACGCCAUCUCCGUGUACAGCCUGAGCUCCAUCGCCUCCUCCAUGAGCUUCGUCUCCAAGCCGGAGGCCGGGCCAGAGGGCGGCGGGUCCAGGGGCCGGCAGGACUACAAGCUCACCUACCCCCAGAGAGCCACCCUGCCACGCCGCCAGGCGUCCCCGCAGGCCCGCAGCAAGGACGAGGAAGAAGACGAGGGCUUCUCCGUGGUCAGCACCGAGCCGCUGGUGGCCCGGCUCUCCCCGGAGCACCGCCUGCCCCGGGGAGGGACGGCCGGGGGCGCCCAUGUGGUUGGCAUCAAGGGAAGCAGCAGCACCCCACACUCCCCGGUCAAGAUGUCACUGAUCCCCAGCCCCAACUCCCCCUUCCAGAAGGUGGGCAAGCUAGCAAGUUCUGACACGGGCGAGUCGGACCAGUCCAGCACAGAGACGGACAGUACUGUCAAGUCCCAGGAGGACGGCAACCCGAAGCUGGACCCGCAGGAGCUGGCCCAGAAGAUUCUCGAAGAGACACAGAGCCACCUCAUGGCAGUGGAGCGUCUGCAGAGGGGUGGUGGUCAGGGCCCCGAGGAGGGGCUCCCCGUGCCCAGCACCACGGCCGUGUUCAGAGCCUCGGAGACGAGCGCCUUCAGCAGGCCAGUCCUGUCCCAUCAGAAGAGCCAGCCAUCCCCGGCCAAGCCACAGCCCCCGGCCAGGAGCUCAUCCCUGCCCAAGGUGAACUCGGGGUACAGCAGCCCCACCACCUCAGAGACGUCCAUCCGGGACAGCAGGAGCCCGCACAGUGGCCGGCCCUCGCCCGGCUCAGACUCGCAAACCUCCCUGACUGACCAGCCACUCUUUAAACUCAAGUACCCCAGCUCUGCGUACAGCGCCCACAUCUCCAAGUCCCCCAGCUCAGGACACCAGUCUCCAGCAGGCAGUGCGCCGUCCCCUGCACUCUCCUAUUCCUCGGCCAGCUCCGCGCGUUCGAGCCCAGCCGACGCCCCGGACAUAGACAAGCUGAAGAUGGCAUCCAUUGACGAGAAGGUGCAGGCCAUCCACAACCUGAAGAUGUUCUGGCAGAGCAGCCCCCAGCACCCCACAGGGCCCAUGAAGAUCCUCCGUGGGCCCCCCGGAACAAUGACGUCCAAGAGGGAUGUCCUCAGUUUGUUAAACCUGUCCCCUCGGCACAGCAAGAAGGAAGAAGGGGCGGACAAGCUGGAACUGAUGGAGCUGUCGGCGCAGCCACGUGGGGAUGCGCCCCCAAGACCCCCUCCCAACGGCCACCGGCACAUGCAGACCACCAGGCUGAGCACCCUCCCACUGCCCACGGGCACCGCCGCGCCCCCUGCACGCCCACUGAGGCUCCCUUCUGGGAAUGGCUACAAGUUCCUGUCCCCCGGGAGGUUCUUCCCUUCCUCCAAAUGCUAA